GACAGGGCCUCCACUCUCUCGAUCGCACGGACCGUCCGUUUUUUCUGUUUUUUGUUUUUUUUUUAAAUAAAUGUACGUUUUAAGGAAGUGCGAAAGGCCUUGUUUUUUCGCCAGUGGCGACGAAAGUUCGACUCGUUUUUUUCAAUAACCCGAUCCUUUAAUAUGACGCCCAAUUCACCUCGCACAAUUCGCCCCGUUUCGCAAGCACUUUCCCGCAGACGCGCCCUUAAUACCUCACGCACGCGAGUAAAAGUUAACGAGGUCGCCCGUUUACUGGCAGUGCGAUCGAAGAAAGGCGCGGAGAGUAACAGUCUCGUUUUUUUUUUUGCGCAAUUAUUUGAAUUACUUCUUGCACACUCAUACCUACCUUUUGUCGCGGACCUUUUUGAAAAGGCGCCCGAUGUGAUCCACGGCCACGGAAGAUUAAUGGAUCCGCCGUCGAGGAAUGCGAUGUGGAGGUUCGGCUACCCAAAUCCGGUGAAUUAUAAUGACAACGAGCUCUUCUGCGGGGGCUACGCAGUGCACUGGCAGCAGAAUAAAGGCAAGUGCGGCGUUUGCGGAGACGCCUAUCACUUGAGUCAACCGCGUCCGCACGAGGCCGGCGGCGAGUUCGCGAACGGGAUCAUCGUGCGGCACUACACCGCGGGCCAGGAAAUCGAAGUGGAGGUCGAGCUGACGGCCAAUCAUUACGGAAGGUUCGAGUUGUACCUCUGCCCCAACAACGAUCCGUCGCGCGUGGCAACUCAGGAGUGUUUCGAUUCCUAUCCCUUGUACGUGUCCAGGACGCAGGACGUUCGUUUUGAGAUUCCGCGCGACACGGACAAGAAGGGCGUCAUUAGGUACUCGGUAACGUUACCACCCUAUUUAACUUGCUCGCAAUGCAUUGUGCAGUGGACUUAUUACACAGGGAACAUGUGGGGCACGUGUGAAAACGGCACGGAAGCGGUCGGAUGCGGCAGGCCGGAGACCUUCCGCAAUUGCGCCGACGUGAGCAUCGUCACCAGCACCGGUGGGAUACCGCCGCGGUUCCUGUAUCAGAAUAUUAUCUACGAGCUGCACUCCGUGGCGGCGAAAUACUCGACCGCGCCGCUCGCGCGGCCGCUGAGGGUUCAAGUGUGCGAGCCAACCGCGGCUUAUCGAUACCGGCAGAAUAUGACCAAUUGGUGUCAAGUGAAUUGCAUUCGCGUCCCGUCGAACUGUCCGCCGGGUGUUUGCCGCUGUCUAAACACCUGCGACGCCAUUGGAGAUAUCGCCGAUAGACCCGGAGCGGACCAGUACUGCCUGAGACGUUGCAUGCGUUACCCGUCAAAUUGCCCGGCUGAUCGCUGUAACUGUUAUUGAAAAAAAACACCGUAACUCGUAACACCGCGCGACCGGUGUAUUGACAUUCCACAUACAGCGUUAAAUGAGCGAUGUGGAAUAUGCAUAUCGUCGAAUUAAAUAAAAGUCUGACCGUAAUGUACGCGCAAUUUCGCAGCUUGUCCAUAAUACUAUGGAAAAGUUCCUCCAUGCGAGAACAUUUUCUCUUACCUUGUCGUGGCUGUUUUCCUCCUGGAAAACUUUUUUGGAGCGCUAAACGUAAAAGCCCACACUUUUUUUUAGACAUUCGUAUUCAUAAUUCAUGUCGGACUUUAAGAUAAAAUUCUAUUUACAAUUUUAUUCAUCGUACAUUUUGAUGUAUUUUAAUCAUUUUUUAUAUAUUUUUGAAUAAAUAUUUUAUACGUGUGCGGCGGAGCAUUUUGGUUCCUUUCAAAUGCGUUUCUAUUAUACAAAAUUAUAAAUAGAAUUCUACCUCCCGUAAUGCGCGGCGCGAUUUGUAUGUCGUCUGAAGUGGACUUUGAUGUAAUAAAACUGAAAUAUAAUGCGAUACCUACUCUCACAGUCAGUGAAGCGCGAGAGAGGUGAAUGAGACGAAGGAAAACCCGUGUAAUGGCACUAUAAUAUUUAAUAUUAGGACAUUCUAUUGACAGCUUAAAAUUUCCACGCGUAUAUCACAUAUUAUAUUAUACGUAAAUCGUCAACGUUUCCCGCGGUCUUAUGCGAUAUUAUCAGUAUGCAGCUGUAUAUGUUUAACGAAACGAUGACGGUUCACCCCCAAUUUCACGCGCUUCCGCGAUCGCCAACGAGAAUUUAUAAUUAAUGAUACCAGUUUUUUGUGUGGGAAAACGCACGAGUUUCCAUACGUUUUCGCAGCGAUGUAUUGUUUUUUUAUGUAUAUAUUAUACAUAUAUAAUCAUAAAUCUCUCCUCACUAUAUAUAGUUAACACUUUACAAAACUAUAUACACUAAAGCCAUCUUUGUAUCGUCUACAACGCUAGCUAGCAACAUUUUCUCUUUUUUUCCCUUCAUCUCUCAUAUAU